AGUCCUCCUGCUGCUCUGCCAUCGACUACUCUGAGGGUCAUCAAGAACCAUGGUGCCCAGAAUCUUUGCUGCCGUCUUCAUUUUUGAACUCCUGUUCUCAGACUCGGAAGGACUCACAGAUACUGGGCUGUGGAUGUGCUAUCCAGCACCCAAGUGUGGGGACGAGAUCUACAACCCCUUGGAGCAGUGCUGUGAUGAGGGCACCAUCCUGUCCCUGAAUCACACCCGCCUCUGUGGCCACAGCUGCACCUUCUGGCCCUGCUUCCAGCACUGCUGCCUUGAGUCCUGGGGCUCUCAGAAUCGGGCCACUGUCAGGUUUAAGGUCCCAGGCACAAAGUCCAACUGCAUUGCCACCCCCCUCAGCAGGAUCUGUGGCCAGGAAUACUUGCCCAGCAAGCCCUCUACCAGAACUGAAUUUAUCUGGACCAUCCUGAGGAGCAUAGACACAGGACACUCAAGACUGUAAUAUUUGCGGGUCAGCAGUCCUAUGAUAAACUAUAAGGUCUUUAAUCCUGGCCUGAUAGCUCGGCUGGUUAGAGCAUCGUCCUGAUACACCAAGGUUGUGGGUUCAAUCUCCAGUCAGGGCACAUGCCAGAAACAAUGUAUAAAUAACUGAAAUCCUAUAUAAUAAAAGGGUAAUAUGCAAAUUGACCCUAAUGGUAGAACCAGGAAGGACCGAUCACUAUGAUCCGCACUGACCACCAGGGGGCAGACGCUCAACACAGGAACUGCCCCCUGGUGGUCAGUGCGCUCCCACAGGGGGAGCUCCACUCAGCCACAAGCUGGGGUGAAGGCUAUGAGCACAGAGGCAGUGGCGGGAGCCUCUCCCACCUCCUCAGCUGCACUAAGGAUGUCCGACUGAUGGUUUAGGUCUGCUCCCUGGAGCGGGCCUAAACCAUCAGUCAGACAUCCCCCAAAGGCUCCCAGGCUGCCAGAGGGAUGUCUGACUGCCAGCUUAGGCCCAAUCCCUCAAGAAGCAGGCUUAAACUAGGAGGUGGAUAUCCCCCAAGGGGUCCCUGACUGUGAGAGGGUGCAGGCCGGGUUGAGGGACUCACCCCCCUGAGUGCAUACAUUUUUGUGCAUCAGGCCUCUAGUAUAUAAAUAAACUGGAACAACAAAGUGGUGUUUCUCUCCAUCACCCUUCCUCUCUAUCUCAAACCAAUAAAUAAAAUUUUAAAAAAGGUUAAGUACUUCAUUGUAUUUAACAGUGCUAGAUAAAUAGUGGUAUACAGGCAGUCCUUGGGUUAUGUCAAACUCAACGUACGUCAUUUCAUGGUUAUGUUGCCAUCUCCCAUUUAUUUAUAAAAAAAAAAAUUCCAUCAUUUUGAUAUAUGUACAUAUGUGCUUUAUGUUUUUUAUUAUUUACUGUAUUUACUACAAGUAAAGGUCAGGAAUUGUUAUCUUUCUUUUAAAUUUUUUUACAGUUUCAUUUCACUACUGCUGUGUAUGUGCUCCGUAUGAGUGACAUAGGUGCUUAUGUAAGUGGGUUCCAACUUACGGUGAAAAUCACAUUAUGUCGCGUCAUAGGAACAGAUCUCCAAAGUAACCCAAGGACCUACUGUACUUUUUAGUUGAUUUAGGCAGCCCUGCCUUAACUAGAGAAAGUGGUAGUAGAUUUAAUUAUAUUUCUUUCUUUCUCUAGACUCCAAACAAUUUUUGUACAUAUGUAUGUAUCCCAGUCUUCUUAUUAAAUUUAUUGGGGUUAAAAAAAUAAACAUGAUUUUACUUAUAUGUGGAAUCUAAUGAAUAAAAUAAACUAACAAACAAAAUAGAAACAGACUCAUAGAUACAGAGAACAGACUGACAACUCUUAGAGGGAGGGUGCUGGGGAUCUAGGUAAAGGGGUGAGGGGAUAAAGUAAAAAACAGCUCAUAGACAGAUAACAGUAUGGUGAUUACCAGA